AUAAUUUUAAUAGCAGUAUUGUUAAAUACAUGUAACUGAAGUGAUCGGCUCCCUCGCCACCACAUUUACUGAUCUGUGCCCCCGUCGUCUGAAAAAGCUAAAGUUUAACUUCUGAAUAAACACGAAAACACAAAAUCAAUAACAUUUCUUUACCCCCGCAGUUUGAGCAAACUAUCAGUCAUCUGCACCGUUUCCACGAUGCGGGCACUUUUCAUUUGCUUUGCUUUAACGAGCCCGCUCCUCUGGACAGGACACUGCACUGAAACCCAUGACCAAAUUCUGUCGAUCACACCAACAACACCGGAACAAGUGGACAUCGUGAAGAAUAUAUCCAGUCAAUAUGAGACCGCACUGUGGCAGCCCGUACACCACCAGUACAUCCAGGAGGACACUCAAGUUCACCUCUAUGUUCCCGCAAACAGCUCGGCUGUGGUCAACGAUUUGCUGCAGAGACAUAAGAUAACACGCGAGGUGUUGUUGGACAACGCCAGCGAACUGAUCGAAAUGCAGACGAGGAACGACACCACGGACCCUCGAAGCAGCACGAAUUUCUACGAGAGAUAUCACAGCCUGGAGGAUAUCUAUUCUUGGAUUAACCGUACCGCACAGGACAACCCCCACACCAUCCAAACCAUUCUCCUGGGCUCCUCGUACGAGAAGCGACCCCUCUAUGCUCUUAAGUUGUCACUUCACAGUGAGAAUAAGAAAGCCAUGUGGAUCGACUGUGGGAUCCACGCCAGAGAGUGGAUCUCUCCUGCUUUCUGCUUGUGGUUUAUACAAUAUUCCUUGGCUUUUUACAAGCAAAACCAAGACAUCACCGACAUUUUGGACAGCAUGGAUGUGUACGUCUUGCCUGUGAUGAACCCGGAUGGAUACCACUACACGUGGACUACGAACCGUAUGUGGAGGAAGAAUCGGUCCAUCAGCAGAGGCAGCUCCUGUGUUGGCGUUGACCUGAACAGGAAUUUUGACGCCAACUGGUGCACGAAGGGUGCCUCCAAUGAGCCCUGCAGCGAGAUCUACUGCGGUGCCUUCCCUGAAUCAGAACCCGAAUCGGAGGCCGUGGCUAACUUCCUGCGCAGUAACAAGGACAGCAUCCAGCUUUACCUCACCAUCCACGCCUAUUCUCAGAUGCUGCUCUUCCCAUACUCCUGCACCUUGGAGGAGGCCGAGAACCACAACGAGCUGCUUGAAAUGGCCCAAGAAGCUUCACAAAUCAUCAGAAGACACUACAGAAACACCUACAAAUAUGGUGCAGGAGCAAAGACAAUAUACCUAGCUCCUGGCGGAUCUGACGACUGGGCGUACAAUCUCGGCAUCAAGUACUCAUUCACAUUUGAGCUCCAGGACCGCGGGCAAUAUGGCUUUCUUCUGCCACCGUCUCACAUUUCUAAAGCAUGCAAUGAAGCUCUGCUUGCAGUGAAGACCAUAGCUCAAAGGGUCAUAGAGAAAACACAGGCUGCAACUGCUUAAGCGCUAUCACCAAAACAUUUGGAUGAGACAGACUGUGAAUAAACUGUGAUUGUUGUGACUGUGAUUGUUCUUCAACUCAUGUGGUUGAAUAUCUAUUAAAGUCUAUUAAAAUCUAUUAAAGGCCCCAGUUUCUAACUAUUGUAUGUAUUACACAACAAAUACAAACAAAAAUUUUCACACAGGGCCAUGUAGCUUUAGAUGGUUUUCUCCCUUAAUAAUAAAAGGUGUUGUUUAAAAA